AUGCUGAUAAAAGAAGACACAGCCGUGAUGAAAAUUAAAGUCGGGGACACAGUGUUGUGCAAGCAGGAACGUAAAAACAGCCUGACCCCUCUGUAUGACCCGGAGCCUAUGGUAGUCAUUGGCGUCAAGGGAAGCAUGGUCACUCCCAAGAACAGUGUUAGGAUUCGCACCAGGAAUUACGCCGAUUGGAAACUGCUCAAAAAUGGUUGUAGGGAAUCACCGCGGUGUGAUGAUUCUGACAGCGAUGAUGCAUUUGAACCGGAUGAAGUUAUAAUUGAAGGUCCAGAGCAAUCCUUAGCAGGGCCAAGUGGGGAUGCAUUGCCAGCGGACAGAUCCAGUGAAUCAAGGCAAGGUCAUGAGCAGCUAAGAGCAAACAGCGACACAGCUGAGUACGAGAGUAGGCAGAGAUCUCGGCAGCCCGGAUCGGACCGUGACACAGAGCGAAGACAUGCGCCCCUGGACAGGCCCAGAGGGAAAACAAGAUCCACAAAGGACACUAAAUAUAAGGACUUUAUUUGCGAAUAG